ACAAUUUUUCUAACCUCUUUCUCUAUGCUUAUCUCAGCUCUUCUGCAGCCAUGUUCUUUUCGUGGUCUCUUGUGGUCCUGCUUCUGGUGUCCUCUACCUGGGCUGAGGAAGUUAAUGUUGAAGAGGAAACAUCCAGGGAGCUCUCCGUCGGUGAACUGCUGGAGAGAGCCAACAGAGAACGCAAGGAUCCACAGUUAGCAAAUAGCUGCUACUCAUAUGUGGGUCGUACGGGUGGUGCUCAGGUUGUGUCUCUGAGUCGUCAGGGUUGCCUGUACCACAGCACCGUCCAGCAUGAGCUGCUCCACGCCCUUGGGUUCAACCAUGAGCAGACUCGCUCCGACAGGGACAACCACAUCUUGGUGUACUGGGAAAACAUCAUUGACGACAUGGAAUACAACUUUUACAAGAUUGACACUCUUAACCAGGGAACUCCUUAUGACUACAACUCUGUCAUGCAAUAUGAGAGGAAUGCCUUCUCCAAGAACAACCGCCCGACUAUGGUGCCCAUUCCCAACAACAAUGUAGCCUUUGGUCAGGCCACCCAGAUGAGCCGAAAUGACAUCGACAGGCUGAACAGACUGUACAAGUGCUGAAACAUGAGUGACCUAUGACCUGCUACCAGGGUGACAUCAGAGCAGACAUGCAGAUGAGGAUUUGGAGCUGUUCUCUAACAAUAAACUUGAAAACUUCA